AUGACAAAAGAAUUGCAAUGCUUAUUGGAUCAAUAUCCUGUCUUUGAAUACAAUGAGAGACAAAAGUUGCGGUGUACGUUGACGGGACACGAGAUACCCUCACGUUUUGAUCAACUUGACCAUUACGUUAAGACAUCAAAAUUUGUCCGCGCCUGGAGGAUGCAUCAAAUUAUGAAGGAAUAUGGUGAAUAUUUCGAUGAUAUUGGCCCUCAUGAAUUCGGUUGUAAGUUCACGAGGAAGGUUAUUGCGAAGGAUCCAGAUGAUCUUUUGAGACAUAUCAAUGGGAAGAGGUUCAAGAAAGGGUUAGAGAAAGAGGGUGAUGAAAAUGGUAAUUAUUCGUCUUAUGUCGCUGAAACAAAUCGAGUAGCACGAAGAAUGACAGGGAGUUCGACGGAUAUGAAAAUAUGA